UUUCCGCCUUUCUUUUUCUUUUUUUUAACUGAAACCUUUCUGCUUUUGGGACGCUUCAACCCCAAUUGUUCAAAGCCCGAUCUAGUAUAUACCUAAAAUAUUUUAUCCUUUUCUUUUUUAAUUCUGAAAGGCUAAAACUGGUAGAAUAAGAGUUUAACGGAAAAUUGGGAUUUGGGUCAACAGCUAUAAACCCUAAUCAACUAACUACAAUUUGCGUUGCUAAAUGGAACAUCGGAACACAGAAUCAGAAGCUGGAGAUGUUUCUUCAGCCACAGCAGUUCUCCUUGGAGCUUUAGCUCCUGGUGUUAAUGGUCCUACAUGGAUUACUUUAAAGUCCUCUUUUUUAAUGCUGGGUCUCUGUCUUACUGUUAUGCUGGCCUUAGCAUUCUCUUCCAGUGAUUCAUGGUUGAUUUUCCAUGUUGCAUUCCUUGUUCUAAUUUGCCUCACCCUCUUCUUGCUUCUCAGCUGGUUUCUUGCACAAACUGGUUUAGUCUCUGUUGAACAUCAAAUGCGUGAGAUGGGCUUAGAGAACCUAAAGAGCAAAUGACUUUUUCUUAUAAGAUGCGUGAGAUGGGCUUAGAGAACCUAAAGAGCAAAUGACUUUUUCUUAUAAGAUGCGUGAGAUUGGGAGCUUUUCUGAGGAUACUCUUGAAAUGUUUGAGAAAUACUCUAUAGAAGUAGUUUUGGUUUAGCGUGUAAUAAAGAGGAUCUCAAUAUUCUUAGUCUCAAUACGUGUAAAUCUGAAACUUCUCAAAUCUCAAUAGAAGUAACUGGGCAGAUUAGAUGAACUGUGUUUAUCCUCAAUUAUAUGUAGUCAUUUUUAUCUUCUGUAA